AAGGAUUCACGCUGGUUGACGCUUGAGGUCUGCAGAGAGUACGCAAGGAACAAGUGUCCGAGGUCCGAGAACGAGUGUCGCUACGCACAUCCGCCGUCAGACGUCGAGAUACAGACGGGCAGAGUCGUCUGCUGCUUUGAUUCUAUCAAG